AUGUGGCUCUUUGCCAAUGCUCUAACCCUAUGGCUUUCUACUGCCAAAGGUGCAGUGAAACUUUGUGAUUUUCCACAAAUCAAAAAUGGAGGUCUAUAUAAUGAAAAGAGCCGCAGACCCUACUUCCCAGCACCUAUAGGAAAUAAGUUCUACUAUUACUGCAACAGAGGUUUUGUGACUCCUUCAGGAACAUAUUGGGAUGACAUUCGGUGCACUGUGCAAGGGUGGGAGCCUGCAAUUCCAUGCCUCAGGCAAUGUGAUUUCCAGUAUGUGGAGAAUGGGGAAUCUUUACAACAGAAAGGAAAAUAUGUACAGGAGCAAUCUGUAAAAGUCCAAUGUUAUCCUGGCUACAGUCUUCCAAAUGAUCAAGACACAGUUACAUGUACAGAGAAUGGCUGGUCUCCUCAACCCAAAUGCAUUGCUUUCAAGACAUGUUCAAAGUCAGAUAUAGAAAUUGAGAAUGGAUUUCUUUCUGAAUCUGAUCUUACAUAUGCUCUAAAUAAAAAAACACAGUUUAGGUGCAAACAGGGAUAUGUAAUGGCAAGUGGAGAAACAUCAGGACCAAUUACCUGCCUCCAAAAUGGAUGGUCAGCUCAACCUUCAUGUAUCAAGUCUUGUGAUAGGCCUAUAUUUGAGAAUUCUGGAACUAAAAGUAAUAGCACAUGGUUUAAACUCAAUGACAAAUUAGACUAUGCAUGCCGUGUUGGAUAUGAAAACAAAUAUAAAGAUACCAAAGGCUCCAUAAUAUGUAAUUAUGAUGGAUGGUCUGAUAAACCCUCAUGUUAUGAAAGCGAAUGCAGCAUUCCCUUACUAGGACCAUACUUAAUCGUCAAUCCCAAGAAAGACAAAUAUAAAGUUGGAGAUUUGUUGAAAUUUUCUUGCCGACCAGGACACAGAGUUGGACCUGAUUCAGUGCAAUGCUACCACUUUGGAUGGUCUCCUAGUUUCCCAACAUGUAAAGGUCAAGUAGGAUCAUGUGAUCAGCCUCCUGAAGUCCUCAAUGGAGAAAUUAAGGGAACAAAGAAAGAAGAAUAUGGUCAUGGUGAAGUGGUAGAAUAUGAUUGCAAGCCUAGAUUUAUCCUGAAGGGACCCAGUAAAAUCCAGUGUGUUGAUGGGAAGUGGACAACAUUGCCAAUAUGUAUUGAGGAGGAAAGAACAUGUGGAGGCAUUCCUGAACUUAAGCAUGGCUCUGUACAGUUUUCUAACCCCCCCUACCACCACGGAGAUUCAGUGGAGUUCACCUGCUUGGAAAUAUUCACAAUGAUUGGAAGUGGGUCAGUUUCAUGCAUUAGUGGAAGGUGGGCCCAGCUUCCACAAUGUGUUGCAACAGAUCAACUGGAGAAGUGUAAAGCACCACAGUUAACUGAUGUGGACAGAAUUCAACCCAAUAAGAAAGAAUUUAGUCAUAACUUUAGCAUUAGUUACAAAUGUAGAGGAAAGAAGGAGUAUAAACACUCAACCUGCAUCAAUGGAAGGUGGGAUCCUGAGCCAACCUGUAGAGAGGAAGAAUCCUGCCCUCCUCCACCACAGAUUCCAAAUGCCCAAGUGAUGCAAACCACAGUGAAAUACUGGGAUGGAGAGAAAGUAUCUGUUCUUUGUCAAGACAAUUACCGAACACAGGACACAGAAGAAAUGGUGUGCAGAGAUGGGAGGUGGCAGUCAUUACCACGCUGCAUUGAGAAAAUUCCAUGUUCCCAGCCCCCUGCAAUAGACCAUGGAUCUAUUAAAUUACCCAGAUCAUCAGAAGAAAGGAGAGACAGAGUGGAGUCCAGAAUUCAUGAACACGGCACUACACUCAGCUAUGUUUGUGAGGAUGGUUUUAGGAUGGCUGAGGAACAAGGGGUAACCUGCGACAUGGGAAAGUGGAGUGCUCCACCUCGUUGUCUCGGACUUCCCUGUGGACCUCCACCUUCAAUCCAUCAUGGUAUUGUGUCUCAUGAGCUAGACAGUUACCAACAUGGAGAAGAGGUGACAUACAGUUGUGCUGAAGGCUUUGGAAUUGAUGGACCAGCACUGAUCAAAUGUGAAGGAGGAAAGUGGUCCCAGCCACCAGCUUGCAGAAGAACUAAUUGUGACAGUAUUCCCAGGUUUGAAAAUGUCGUACUCAUAGAAAAGGAAAAAAUUUCAUACAGGUCAGGUGAACAAGUGACAUUCAAAUGUGCACCUUCUUAUCAUUUGGAUGGGUCCAACAUUGUGACAUGUGUUAAUCAAAAGUGGAUUGGAGAGCUGGUAUGCAAAGAUAAUUCCUGUGUAGAUCCACCACUUGUGAAAAAUGCUACUAUAGUAACAAGGCCCAUGGAUAAAUAUCCACCCAAUGAGAGAGUACGAUAUGAAUGUAAUAAACCUUUUGAACUAUUUGGGGAAGUAGAAGUGAUGUGUCAAAAUGGGGUUUGGACAGAGCCACCCAAAUGCAAAGAUUCAACAGGGAAAUGUGGGCCUCCUCCACCUAUUGACAAUGGAGACAUCACCUCCUUCCCAUUGCCAGUAUACGCACCAUUAUCAUCAGUUGAAUAUCAGUGCCAGUCCUUGUACCAACUGCAGGGCAACAAGAAAAUAACAUGUAGAAAUGGAGAGUGGUCAGAGCCACCAAAAUGUUUAUAUGCAUGUAUAAUAUCGGAAGAAAUUAUGGAAAGACAUAACAUAAUUUCCAGAUGGAGAGAAAACAAAAAGCUUUAUAUCCGAUCAGGAGACUAUGUUGAAUUUCAGUGUAAAUCUGGAUAUAAACAGACAAAAACAUCACCUCCAUUACGUACAACGUGCAUUGAUGGUCACAUCAAUUAUCCCAGUUGCUCCAAAAACGUUCUUGGUUCAAUGGGUGAAUGA